AUGAAGUUCCAACUCCUCUCCACCCUCGCCGCCAUGAGCACGCUCGCGCUCCCCACGCAGGCGGCGACCUGGUACUUCCUGCGCUACUACUCGGCGUCGGGCCAGAAGUUCACCGAGCUGUCGGGCGAGAUGGUCGUGCCGAAGCUCCCCAGCGCGAGCGUGUACUACCUCUGGCCGGGCCUGCAGCCGACCGACAACAGCGGCGUGUACCAGAACGUGCUGGACGGCCGCUCGGGCACGUGGUGGUUCGGCAGCGGCUGGUGCUGCUCCAACCCGAGCCUGCCGUGGGGUGGCGGCUUCAACACGUACGAGGGCGAGACGAUAAAGUUCGAGAACGUGCUGCAGGGCGACAACUGGGUGUCGACGACGACGCACGAGAGCACCGGCACGCAGAAGACGGAUAACUUUGCGCUGUCGAGCAAGUCCUUCAACCAAGUGCUCUUCGCCAUUGAGCUUACCGAUGUCGCUUGGGACUUCGGCCCCCUUGAGUUCAAGAACAUCGUCAUCACUGCCGACGGCACCGACAGCUCCUGGUGCGACAACUCGCCCGAGAACUACAACAGUGCGACCAAAUUCUCCAUCUCGGGUGUCAAGGCCAGCGUCUCCGGUAACGUCGUCACUUGCACCAUCAGCAGCCUCAUCCUGCAGAGCCCUGCUUAA